UGCUCGAUCAAAACAGAGGGCAAAGUUAGUCAGCAAGUUGCAUAGUUUCUGCAUUCUGAUUCUUCAAGCCUCUUUUGUAUGAAGUUUAGCACAAUGUUUUACACAGUGUUUGACCUGAAUGGCAUGCUGAAGAAAACAAUGAAAGGAGCGGACAAAGCGAUUGUGGCAAAGUCCUUUGGAAAAUGGAAAAGCAGCUCUCUAAGGUCCAGGACCAUGGAGAAGCCGGAUGAGCCGUCCGAGGAGAGUAAGGAGGCGAGCCUUUCCAACUGCACCUGUGAAGCCCCCCCACUCGGCAAGAAACCAGUCGGUAAAAAAUGAUGAACUACAUGCUCACUUCCUAAGAGAUAACAAGCGUGAGAGCGUCAGCUGGGGUGAAAAGUGUGAAUCUGGCAUCUUAUCCUUCAGAGCGCUUGGAAAACCACAAUCAAAGAUGGAUUCUGAGGGUGAGGAGCAAAUCUUGAAUGCAUGCAACGGUAGCACAGGUUUGGCAGACUGCAUCACUGAGACACACAGCCCAUAUGGGUCCAUGGCGAGGAAGAGGAGUGCUCAGGAAGGGGUGCAGGGCGCCCCUGUCAAUAAGAGGAAGUCCCUGCUGAUGAAGCCCCGCCACUACAGCCCCAGUGAGGCAUGUGAAGAGGAGAGCGAGGACCUGGCACCGCCACAGGACAAAGAAGAGCUGAGGAACAUUGACACUCCAGCAGAUGAAAACUUUCAAGCAGUCAAUGGAGCGGAAAACCUACACGACUGCCCUGAUGCUGCUGCAGCGAAGUCCAGUGGCUCCCUCGGAUGGUCCGAAGUCAAGUCUGAUGGCUUUCCACAGUGUGAGCAGGACACAUCCAAACCUCUGAUGGUGGAGGGUGAUGAGACGAUUUUCAAUACGGAAGAAGAUGACCAAAGUCAAGACAGGAUGAGCAGCUCAUCAUCACCUCUAAGUCCGUAUGGAGACAUGAGGGAAGCCGAGUGGGAGCCCCUGUCCCUGUCCACCAAGGGCAACAGCUCAAACUGCAGUCCAUCCAGAGCCUCCGAAAACUUUUCAGGCAGGAGCAACCAUGUGAAAGAAGAACCGCUUGCAGAACUAGGUGGUCCAAUGGGUAGAGCAAGCAUUUUUCAAACAGAAGCUUUAAGAUACAGGCUCCUUCGUGCAGAGGAAGACAGCGAGGGGGAGGCGGAGGUGGAUAGGCCGCCUCGGCUAGAGGGCUGGGCUCUGGGCCUCCACGAGAGAGGCCUCCACAUGAGUCGAGAGAGAGUGAACUUCAGCCUGUUGGAGCAGGCCAUUGCUUUGCAGACAGAGCAGAGACAGGUCCUGCACCAUGCCUACAGAGAGAUGGACCGUUUCCUCAUGGAGCAGAUGACCAGCGAGAGAAGAGCCCACAGGAUGAUGGAUAUGGACACCAGACUCGCCUACAAUGGAGGCAAAGAUUCACCACGCACAGAUAAAAAGGAUGUAAAGUGUCCAACUCCUGGCUGUGAUGGCACUGGUCAUGUGACGGGCCUGUACCCACAUCAUAGGAGUUUGUCUGGGUGUCCCCACAAAGUCCGAGUUCCCCCAGAGAUUCUGGCCAUGCAUGAGAAUGUCCUCAAGUGUCCUACACCUGGGUGCACAGGAAGAGGCCAUGUCAAUAGCAACCGUAGCACCCAUCGGAGUCUCUCAGGCUGCCCCAUUGCUGCUGCAGUGAAAGUCUCCAAACCUCAGGACGAGAGCCUGAAGUCUAGACAAACACCUGAGCGCUCACCGAGGGCCAUCGGCCUGAUAAAGAAGUUUGAAAUGAACCAGCUGAACUACAGGCUCUCUCAUCCGGUAGCAGCUUUGCAAACGAGCAUCACAAAGGAUUUUGACAAGUACAGCAGAAUUCGCUUUGAUUAUGCCAGCUUUGAUGCACAGGUCUUCGGCAAACAGUCACUGCUGGGGACCAACCCGGAUCAGGAAAUGCCCCACUACCCUGACUCACCUCAGCAGUAUCCUGGCUUCCUUGGCGCUCCAGGUGGCUGCCUGCCCGCCUCUGGUCAGCACAGCCCGCCAAGUCAGUUCAAAAAAGAAGACGAUCAUCAGGCCACAGCAGCGACAGCCGCCAUCCUAAACCUCUCCACUCGCUACCGGAAGAACAUGGAAGCCGUCGCCGGCCGACCCUUGGCAACCCCAACAAAGGAUAUGCUCAUAGAGGUGGAUGAAAAUGGCACGCUAGACUUGAGCAUGAAAAAGUGCAAGGAGAACGGAAAAGCCCCGGCCAAGUCACUUCCAGAGGACCCGCUGUCUCCCCCAGAGUCGGCUGCGGCCAAAGGCGGGAGCGUGCUCAUCAGCCCCGCCUUCUACCAGCCGCUGUGUGAGAGGGACAGCUGGGACAGCACCAUCCCUGUCAACUUCAGCAAAGCACACGUUUUGCAGGACAAAGAGCAGGAGGAUUAUGAUCAGGCCUCCUUGGAGGACCAGCACUAUCAAGGAGACGGCAGCAUGUUAAGCCCCAAAGCCAAGCUGCUACUACGAGAUUCAAAGAAAGAGCUUUUGAGCUGUCCGACCCCAGGCUGUGACGGGAGCGGCCAUGUGACGGGGAAUUAUGCAUCACAUCGGAGUGUGUCUGGAUGUCCCCUGGCUGACAAAACACUCAAAUCACUGAUGGCAGCCAACUCUCAGGAACUAAAGUGCCCAACACCUGGUUGUGAUGGAUCUGGACAUGUGACUGGAAACUAUGCUUCGCACAGAAGCUUGUCAGGAUGUCCACGUGCCAGAAAAGGAGGUUUGAAGCUGACACCAAACAAGGAUGACAAAGAUGAGCAGGAGCUUAAGUGUCCAGUAAUUGGAUGUGACGGACAGGGCCACAUAUCUGGAAAAUACACAUCCCACCGCAGUGCAGGCAGUUGUCCACUCGCUGCCAAAAGACAGAAGGAGUCGUCCAUCAACGGGCUGCCCUUUGCCUGGAAGUCCAAUAAACAGGAACUGCCCCAUUGUCCCUUGCCUGGCUGCAACGGCCUUGGACAUGCCAAUAAUGUGUUUGCCACUCACAGAAGCUUGUCGGGUUGCCCGCUGAAUGCACAGAGCAUCAAGAAAAAGCACUCAGAGGAGGAGAUGAUGACUAUCAAAUUGAAAGCCAGCAGUGGUGUUGAAAACAAAGACGAUAUUCAACAUUUGGAUCACGAAAUCAAGGAACUGAAUGAUUCCAACAUGAAAAUAGAAGCAGACAUGAUGCAACUCCAAACCCAGCAGAUCUCGUCAAUGGAAUGUAACCUGAAGACAAUUGAGGAGGAAAACAAGAUGAUCGAACAGCACAAUGACAGCCUUCUGAAGGAGCUCGCUCGCCUUAGCCAAGCUCUCAUUAACAGUCUAACAGACAUUCAGCUGCCUCAAAUGGGCCCCAUCAGUGAGCACAAUUUUGAAGCCUAUGUGAACACAUUAACUGAUAUGUACAACAACUCGGAGCAUGAAUACUCUCCGGAGUGCAAGGCCCUCUUGGAUAAUAUAAAACAGGCUAUUAAGGGCAUCCAUGUUUAAGCUUUAGAGCUACCAAGAGGUUUCUUUGACUUGGAAUAAUGGCACUAGAUAGCUCUAUUUUACUGAAGAGUGCUGGCUUGGCUGCAUGUAUAAGACGAGGCUUUUGAAAAUGCAGUUGGCAUUUCUCGGUAAACACACUGCACUGAGAAAAUAACCAGCCAGAUUUGUAAUGCUUUUACUGUUUCUGCAUUCACUCGAUAUGUUUAUCCUGGUGAGAUUUUUUACCCCCUCUUGCACUUAAUUAUUUUGUAUGGUUUGCCUGAUUUUAAUCUGUAUGUGUUCAUGUCAUUCUUAUAUUAUUGCUAUUUAUUAUUAUAUUUGUUCAUCAGUGUAUUUAUUUUAUCAAUUUUUAUUUAUUUCUUGAAUUGUAAAUGCUUAAUAUUUGAGAAAUCUGUUUGACUUUCUGCACAUUGAAAAUUUACACAGAAGCACAUUCCAGUUUCAUGGCAUACUUUCGCCAUCUAGUGGUGAAAACCUACUCUAUUAUCACUAUUAUUAUUUGAUCAUAGGCUGGAUCCCUCGUCAAAGCAAAAACUUACCAAAACUUCAAAACAUUGAUAUUUUUUAAGCAUUGCUUUUGCGUUCUUUAUUGGAAAAUGAAUGUAUGGUAAGACAAAGUGAGAUAAAAAAUAAUAAUGAUAAUAAUAAUAAUAAUAACACGCGAUGCAAAUGUACUGUAGUUUUUUCUACUGAACCAGUAACUGAAUGCACCCAGGAGGUGACACUGAGCGAGGAUGCGACAUCAUUCGGUGGACUGAAUGUCAAAUUCUGCUUUGCAUAAUGUGCCACAACAAGAGUGCAACAAACAUCACAAAUUCACUUUGUCAAGAUGUCUUUUUCUUUUCUUGAAAUAAAAAAAAAUAUAGAUAUUAAACUGCCUUCUGUGCACACACUUUGGAGUGUGCCUAUAGUAUGUGCCUAAAUGUACAUGAAUCCAUAAAAAUAUACAAGUACUAUGUUUUGUGGUAGGACAGUAUUAUAUGGAUGUUGUCGAAUUUAUUUAUACAGUACAAUUAUUUUCAUAGGAAGACACGUUCCUGAUGACUGUUUGAAUACCGUUGUUUUAGUAGCUGUAAUCUCAGAGUCAGACUUUCAAAAUAUCAUGACUGAUUGAAAGUCUGGUGUGUAUUUUCAUUUUUUGCUAGCAUGGAGAGGGGACAAAAGAAAAAAAAAUCUACGGUACUCCCUAUUUAUCUACAACUUUUUACAGGCCUUAACAUUUCAACCAAUCUUAAACUUUAAAAACUCUUUGGACAGAUCUGACGUUGUUUCAAAACAGCCUUGACAACAUGCAGUUCAGUUUCAAUUGCUAAACAAUAAUAAAAACAAAAAGGACAAAAAAAUAUAACGCAACACAGACAAACAAUAGUUAAUGGCUAAUGAGUUGUCACUUGCACUUUUGUAUUGAAAUAAUCUUUUGUUAUUGCUUCAAUAUUCUCCCCUCUCGGCUUCAACAAAAACAAAGGAAAUGGGACACUGAGUCCUUUUUUAAUACCAUAAAUCUAAAUCUCUCGAUUUUACAUCAAAGUAAUCAACAGGUAAAAAUAUUCAGCUCAUUUCACCAAAAACAUUUUUCUUCUCAGCAAAAUCGAGUAGAUAUGUAGCCUGGGAUAUUUUUUAAAAGAAAUCAGUGUAUCGAGGAGCCAAAUUACAGAAAAACGAGACCAUAUUUUAUUCAAAUACUCCAUGUUUUAAAGAAUUUUAAUGUUUUAAAAGCGGAAUCACACUCUUUAAAUCUAACAAUCUUUUAUUUAUUUUGUUUUAUUCCUAUACCACACAUUGUUUGCUCAGGAAGUUUUGUGAAUAAUAUUUAUUUUUUUCCCUA